AGGAAUGGGAUGUCACUUACACUAAGUUCAUAUGCAAGUAAAGGCAGGUGAGCGAAUACUUUUGGCAAUAUAGUGCAUUUAGUUAGCAACUGCACAUUAGCUACAUACAGGGUGUAUAAAAAGAAAAUGCUGGCUAUCAGCAGACAGCCUCUCUAAACAAAACAACUGUGACAAAACAGGAUAGUCCUGACUAUGAUGGCUAACCUAUUUUGCCUGUUUUCCUGGCAUAUAGAAUACACCACAAACAGGAAUUGUGUUCUAGAAUGGGAGUGUGCUGUAACAUAUAAGGCAGAUUCUAUAAAUUUUAAAGGCUAAUAUGUAACAUCAAGCAUUUUUGUGAGCCAGAAUGGACUUUACUUAAAAUUUGUAUUGGUAGUGGUGGUAAAAUUUGUAUUGGUAGUGAUUAAAAGAGCCCAUAAUGUAGUUAUAGUGCAAAGAAAAUUCAUUUUUUGAAUUUACAUUCUAUUUUCUAUGUUAUCUCAUAUUGAAAGCUUAGUGUGAAAACAUGCCUAUUUAUAUAGACUGUCUUUGACAGUAGAGUACAAAAGGAAUUUAUAAGUGACUACUGCUAUCCUUGCAUAUGAGCCUUGUUCAGCCCUUUGAGAUGAUUUGAUAUUUCUGAUCAUCUAUUGCUCUUCCCCUCCAAGACCUGCAAAAAGGCUUUCAUAACAAAAAUACCACUUUGGGCUCAUGGCUAGAAAUGGAUGCAAAUUUAAUCAUUACUUUUUGUCUUCCUAGAUUCUUGUUUCAAGGAACAACUUCUGUAGGCUCCUUUGCAAAUCCAUGAAUAUCUAUUUAGAAUUAAGUUGAGCUAAAAAGAACUUACUCAGAGGUGUAUAUAGAAUUAAAAUUCUCAAAUAUGAAUGCUAUAAAUAAUUUUAGAGGUAAUAUUUGAUAUAUGCAAACAUUGUAAUCAAAUCUCCCCCAUCAGAAAGCUGUUAAGAUUUGCUGCCCUUGGCAAGUGUAGUAAUUGAGGAAAGACUUUAAUUAGUUGCAACAAUUAUCAAAAUAUUAAAAACCGUUUUAGACAACUUACAUUGAUAAAUACUGUCCUAUAUAUUGGUAGGGAUAGCUGAGAAAUUGGAUACCAGUACUUUCAGGACAACAAAUCUCUCCACUCAAGAAACAAGGUCAGAUCAUAUUUUCACAGUUUUGAUUAAAUUUUACUUAGAGCUUUGCAGUUAUGUAAAUUAGUGCUGUGAAAUGGCAAGUUAAUUAGUAGAAUGAUAUCUCUAAUUUUGGCUGUUUUGAACAGUUUAAAAUGUAGCUGAAAAUAUUCCCUAUACAGUAUUUACUAUUAGGCACAAAGGAUCAGGACUAUAUGUCAAGCCUAUGGGCUCAAGCCUAUACACAAGAAUCUAAUCAACUAAAGUUCAGUAUUAAAUUUACAUCAGAUAAUAGUCAAUGGAAUUCAAGAGGGAUUGGACAUUGACUGUUGGUGGCAACGUCUUUUCAUGACAUGCUUCAUUCUACCCCUCAGCUCUGUGUUCUCUUCUAUAUUUACAGCUUCAAAGAAUCAUGUAAACAUACAUACAUCCUGUGUCAUCUGAGCAUGCUAAUUGUCGAUAUUUCAUAGACAAGUGGAACAAAUUGAAAUGAGCAGAAAAUUUAGAAUCUGAGAGCUGCUGCCUUUAGAUGAUUCACUUUAUAUUGCUAGAAAUAGUAGUUCCCCUCCAAAAGGUUAAUGGCCCUCUUUAGGAUUUUGUACCAACUGAAUUCAAAAUUAUUCAGCUUUAUAAAAUCCAUUUAAGUACAUAAAUUGACUUCCCUGCUGUCAGAGAUACAAAUUACUUUAUUUUUGCACUAAAAGAUGGAAAAAAUAAUCUUUUUCAUAUUCUUUAAAACAGUUGGGAUUUUAAUGCAGCAGUGGAACUGUUCAUAGUUUUGGCUUAUCUGUUAUCUGUUAACAGUCAUCUGUUACCAAAGUUGUAAAGAUGGUAUGUUCUUAAAUUACUUACAACAGACUAUGCAAAAUACUUGGGAUAUGUACUAAAUGGACAGGUACCAUAAUACUAUUCCCCAAAUUAUUUAGUGUAUAUGAAAACAAAAUGUUCCUAACAAAAUUAUUUUAAUUUUGCUUGUUAUACAUGUGUUAAACUUUGUACACCUAAAGGACAGCUUUUUAAACCAUUUAAACAAUAAAUCUAUUAUUUUUUAAAAUAUACAUAUUUUGUUUCAAAUUGAAUGAUUAUGGCAAAUAAUAUGUAUUUGACAGAAACCUUUUUCCUUCAUUCAGAUUUUUCCAUCUGGAGUACUAGUAUCAUUUUGUGCCAGCAAGACAAGUUGCAUAAAAAAAGCAAGUUGCAUAAAAAAAAUGCAAAUAAAAAGCAAUUUUACAGAUGACAUUUCUUAAAUUCCUAUUGUUGAAUUUCAACACAAACAAUAUAUUUUUUUAAAAAUAAUCCCUCUACUCUUUUAGAGUUGAGGAAACAUCAUACUAUGAAUAUCCAAAGGCAUGUUAUUUUAUCUGGAGUAAAACUUUCCAACUUACUAUUCUACAUUCAUAAAAAUUACAUCUGUAAAAUGAUAUUUGGAAAGAAUUCUGUUCUGAUUUACACACAUCUUAUUUGCUGUGUGACUGUAAAAUUGUUAGGAUAUUAGAUCAGUGACAUUAUUUCAAUCUUAUUGCUGAAAAGCAGCAACACCUUUUUUCAGGGAAAUGUUGCACUGACAACAAGAGAACAAAUUUUAAAUUAUUAUUUUUUAAAUGAAUAGGUUGAACAUAAAAUGCUUUAUUUUCUUAAUGUUAUGCUGCCAAAUAUAUUGCUUUGCAACUGCAAAUAAUAUUAAACAAAACAUUUAUCCAUUUAACCUAAAAAUAGUACUCACAAGGCACACGUGUAAAGUUUGACAUGCAAUAUGAAUAUACCUAUUUAUGUUUGUACUGUAUGAUAAACUAUUCAUCCAAAAAUUUAAUUACAUGGAAGAUUGAUUUGUUGAAAUGCAGCUUAUUAAUACUGCUCUUGCAUAUACAUUUUUACAUGUAUAAACACAUAAUAUGCAACUUUAUGUGUGUAUAUAUGUCUGACCUUAAAGCUACUAUAUUUUACUAUGCAGUUAAUAAAGACCGGGGAAGAUUUUUUUCUCUUUUUCAAUAGGUGAAGAGAUCUUGAAGACCAGAAAUUGAAACAUUGUUUUAAUUUAAAAAAAAAAAGUAAAAUUCUUUGGCUGUGGAAGACAAAACAGAAGUUCCUCUUUAAAUGAACUAUUUAUUUUGAAGAGGCAAUUAAGCACUGUUUCCAGCUUCCCUGGCUAUUCAAAUGGACUUACUUUCUCCAAUAGUUUUAAUUCACCCUUUAUCUGAAUUUUGAAUGAGGAUGAGAUUUGUGUCCUUGGCAAUGUGAGGAAGAAAAGUCUUUAUAUCUCGUUGCUAUUUUAUGGAUUGAGUGUUGAUUCGACCUACAGGAGAAAAAUAACUGGAAGUUUUGAAGAUAGUAUCUGCUGAUUAUACCAAGGAUUAUAUUUUAAAGAAGAUAUUGCUAAAUCCAGUAUAGAAGAUUGUGCCAUUUUAAACAUUGUUGUGAUUAACUAUCGCUGAAAAAUAACAAAAUUGUAUUCAGCCAUUUGUUUCUACACCUUAAACUUGAAGGAAAUUAAUUUGAAUAUGUCUAACCAAGGAGAUGAUUGUUACUUCUAUUUCUACUCUACUUGUACCAAGGGGGAUAAUUGUCCUUUUCGUCACUGUGAAGCUGCCCUUGGAAAUGAAACUGUGUGUGUGCUCUGGCAGGAAGGUCGAUGCUUCAGGAGUAUCUGCCGCUUUAGACACAUGGAGAUUGAUAAAAAACGCAGCGAAAUACCGUGCUAUUGGGAGAAUCAGCCAUUGGGCUGUCAGAAAUUGAACUGUGCUUUUCACCACAACAAGGGACGUUUUGUGGAUGGGCUUUUCUUACCUCCAAGCAAGACUGUUCUUCCAAAUGUGCCUGAGUCUCAAGAAGAAGAGAUGAAGACUGCACAACAAAACAAGCUUUCUGUUCAAUCUAACCCAUCACCUCAGUUGCGUGGAGUGAUGAAGGUGGAAAAUUCUGAAAAUGUUCCUAGUCCCACACAUCCACCUGUUGUUAUUAAUGCAGCAGAUGAUGAUGAAGAUGAUGAUGAUCAAUUAUCUGAAGAAGGUGAUGAAUCUAAAAUGCCUGCUCAACAACCAUCUACAGAAAAUCCAAAUGGAUUGCGGGUAAUUUCUACUCGGAAAUCAGUGACUAGUGCAAAUCAAGAUAAAGAUAAAUGUUUGAAUUUUGGAAUCAAAACUCUUGAAGAAAUAAAAUCAAAGAAAAUGAAAGAAAAAUCAAAGCAGCAAAAUGGUUUGUUGGUUUUCUUUCUUUCAUAAUGUCCUGUCAUGUCC